AUGGCCGACGAUGGCUACAGCGGCGGAAUCGUUGUUACGAUUGCCAACGCGAUGGUAAUAGCUGGUUUCUUUGCGAUAUCACUGUACAAUGUGCUCGAGAUCAACAUCCAAGUUUUCUUCACGUUCCUGAAAUGGAAGGGCCUCUAUUUCUGGAGCUUGCUUAUCUCCUCAUGGGGGAUCGUCCUUCAUUCCGUUGGGUUCUUGCUUCAGUUCUUCCAGCUCUGUACAAACGACUACGUCAAUAUCACCAUCAUUACCCUUGGGGGCGUGCCGAUGGUAAUAGGGCAAUCGGUCGUGCUCUAUUCUCGGCUUCAUUUGAUUGUUUAUGACAGGAGGAAGAUCCGAUGGGUUCUCAUCAUGAUUAUUUCAAGCUUCUUCCUAUUUACCGUCCCCCCUACGAUUCUCAACUACGGUUCCAACUCUUCCAACCCGGCUCCCUACAUUGGACCCUUCAAGGUCUACGAGAAAGUCAUGCUCUUUGGGUUCGCAGCGCAGGAAAUUACCAUCUCUGGAAUCUACCUGUGGGAAACCCGGAAGAUGCUGCGAGUCAUGGAACCUGGGAUGAGCGAAGCCCCUCGCCGUGUGAUGAGGCACCUUAUCUAUGUCAACAUCUUGGUCAUCUUGAUGGAUCUGAGCAUAAUCGGCACUGAGCUAGGUGGCUUGCAUGACAUCCAGACGACAUACAAGAGCGCCGUGUAUAGUGUCAAGCUAAAGCUGGAAUUCCCGGUACUGAACCAGCUCCGCAAUCUAGUCAAGAGGGAAGGACGUGGUUACAGCUGGUCGUCAUCCCAUCUGUCAAGUAUACUUGGUGUAUAG